AUGGCUCCUACACCAAAAGCCAUCGUGCUUACGGCUUUCCUCGCUCUCGUCUUGGAUCUCCUAGCAUUCACCAUCCCCCUCCCCCUCUUCCCCCGUCUGAUAGAAUGGUAUCUCGCCAAAGACACCUCCCCAACAUCCCUCAUCUCCCGCUCCCUGGCCUUCUGCAGUAGCAUCCGGAGCACAAUACACUCCCUCCAGCCUGCUUCUGUCUCGGCGGUCACUUCCAUCCACAAGGGCAGCAAGAACUGGGAUGUGGUUUUGCUCGGAGGUAUGAUGGGGAGUCUGUUCAGUUUCUGCCAGUGUAUCAUCAGCCCCUGGCUUGGUAGACUGUCAGACAGAUACGGCAGGAGAAAAGUGCUGCUAGCGACCAUGGUGGGCAACAUUGCGUCGGCUGCUAUCUGGAUACAGUCUACCUCUUUCGAGUCUUAUAUCCUCUCCCGCCUGGUGGCAGGGUUGAGCGAGGGGAAUGUGCAGCUGACGACUGCCAUCAUUGGUGACGUGACGGACGCUGCCUCGCGGUCAAAGUCGCUCGCCCUGGUUGGGAUAGCAUUCUCCAUCUGCUUCACUUUCGGUCCCUCCCUCGGCGCAUACUUUGCAACCCGUCCUCUCCCUCUCGCCACCUCUGAAGACAAAUACAACGUCUACGCCAUGCCCGCUGCCAUCUCCCUCGCCCUCCUCGUCUUGGAAACCCUCUAUCUCGCUGCAAAACUACCCGAGACCAAGGGCUACAAGCUCGAACAAGCCAAGGCAGAGCAGAAAGAGGGCGAGGCGGCGGCAUUCAUCCCGGAACCAAAGGAUGUGGUGGAAAAGAUGGGCAGUUUGGACAAGCUGAAGGAUUGUACGAAUUUGCAUGGGCUUUUCCUGCUGUUCUUCUCUGGAGCCGAGUUUACCCUCACUUUCCUCACUUACGACAUCUUUUCAGCUUCCAACGCCUACAACGGCAAGCUCCUCGGAUUCAUCGGUAUCCUCGCAGCCAUGAUCCAAGGCCGCUACGUCCGUCCCCACAUGGCCAAAGUUGGCGAGCUCCAAGUCGCCCUCUCCGGUAUUCUGUCCUGCACCAUCGGCCUCCUCCUCAUCUCCGCCAUCCCCUUCUUCACCUCCUCUUCCUUCACCGCCCUACCCCAUAUCCUAUUAUAUGCCGGGGCAACAUGUUUAGCGUUCACGAGUGCGACAGUCGUCACAGGGCUCACAGCGGCCGCUGCGGGGUGUUGCGACGAACGGUUCCCUCAACUCCAACGUGGCCGGGCUAUGGGCAAAUUCAGAUCCAGAGGCCAGCUGGGCAGGUCUGUUGGGCCUUUACUAGCUUCAGGGUUGUACUGGAUCAACGGCCCUUCAGUAGCUUACCUGACGCUGGGAAGCAUGUUGGCGGCUGUGUUGAUGUUUGCGCCCAGGGGCGGGGUGGAGGGGUACAGGCCGUGGAAGGGGAAGAGCAAGAUGCAAUAG